UCUCUUUUACAUCACCCCCCCCCCCCCCCACCACCAUUAGAGCAUGGACUCCCACAUGUCAACUAGGCUUUGAAGGGUGGGCCCCCAAUACAACUUAUAAAUGGACCGUUGAUAUAUUAUGUCUGUCUUCUACCUGUGUAAAUAAUUUCACAAACCAAUGAUGAACCUCCCAUAAUAGGUAAUUAGGUUUUAAGGAAAAUAUUUGACUUCUUGGGCCUGAGUUAAACCUUUUGGGAUAAACAGUUGAAGUAUAAAGGCUUUAGUGUCUCAUUUAAAGUAUGUUGCAGUUUUUCCUCUUUAACAUUACCUACACCUUUCAUCAUACUUGGUUACAGCUUCUUGUUCAGUCAUAAAAACCUUGUGCUAUAACAAUAAAAGAAAAUGUGUUUCACCUUUCUCCAUGUGUGAUUGAUAAGAAACAUUAAGUAUCAUUUGGAAAUAUGUAUUUACAACAUGUCUUCAUAGUUGUUCAUGCAAGAAAUCAUACAUUUUAAUUUUGAAUCAUUAAUGCCAGAUUUAACCAGAAAUGUUGUAUGAUUUCCAUUUCAAUGUUUAUUAUUUAUGAUUUGUGAUUAACACGCGCACAGCAUAAAUUCAAUUAGUAAGUCGUAUGAUUGGAAGUAAGUUCACUGGUUUUUGUCCAGAAGAUGUCGCUAGGGCUCUAAACAUAAAGUAAGGGCCUUCUAUGCGACAACGAUGCAAGUGCCAACAUCAUCCCUAGGUGCACCGCGCAUGCGCAUGGCUAAUUCUUCUCUAGAAUUCCGGGGUGGAGAGAAAACGGACGAAUACCUUGAGAAAAAGGACCCUGGAGUUAUAUUUAUUCCACAGCUACGCUGUUAAAAAAUAAUGUGGAAUCUCCAAAGCAGACCCCGGGACAGGAUAUGGACCUCUAGGCUAUAAGACAAGUCCUCUUCUGUCCCUCGCCGCCUCUCUGAAGCAACCAUCUCUGCCACCAGCCCAGAGGUUGUUUGACUCAGACUCUUCCCCACAGGGAAGUAGGAGGGAGCCAGUCAACCCUCCCAGGUGUUCUCCAGACACACAAGCUACAUUGCUGCCGUUCCCUUAGCCCCACUUUAUCCAUCAUCCAGCCACAGACACCCGGUUUCUAAGCUUGUUAGCUCAUCAGUACAGCACGAAGGCCCAAUCCCAACCCCCUAUUGCCCACUGGUAGAGAUACCAAGCCAACUAUUGUAGCUGAACUCUACUCUUGCUAUUAUUUUCUCACUGCUUACUGGAGCAUUGCAGGUAAGCUAGCCAGCAGCCAGGCCAGUCGUCCUGUAAUUGGUGAGCUACUAAUCGAGGCAGUUGGGAUAGGCAUACAGACUGAGGGAGGUGGUGGGCUCAGCAUGGAGGCCAACAUGGAGAGCUGUCUAAACCAGGUUCUGCAGAAGGAUGUUGGGCGCAGACUGCAAGUGGGCCAGGAGAUCAUUGACUACAUCUCCGACAAGGACAAGUCCAGCGACCUGGAGCAUGAUCAGACCAACCUGGACAAGUUGGUGGACGGCAUCGCCACCUCCUGGGUUAACUCAAGCAACUUCAAGGUGGCACUGCUGGGUCUGGACCUCCUCUCUGCCUUAGUGACCAGGCUACAGGAGAGAUUUAGAUCCCACGUGGGAACAGUCCUGCCCAGCCUCAUAGACAGACUGGGGGACUCCAAAGACCAGGUUCGGGACCAGGACCAGAUUCUGCUGCUCAAGAUCAUGGAGCAGGUCGCCAGCCCACAGUACUUAUGGGACCGGAUGCUGGGAGGAUUCAAACACAAGAACACCAGAACCAGAGAGGGAGUGUGCCUUUGUCUCAUCACAACGCUCAGCACGUACGGUGCUCAGGGAAUUACCCUCAGUAAAAUCGUCCCCCACAUAUGUAACCUCUUGGGGGACCCAACCAGCCAGGUUCGUGAUGGAGCAAUCAACAGUCUGGUGGAGAUCUACAAACACGUUGGUGAGAGAGUCAGGAUGGACCUCACUAAGAAGGGUCUGCCGCAAUCACGGUUGAAUGUAAUCUUCAAUAAAUUUGAUGAAGUCCAAAGAUCUGGGAACAUGGUGGCGACCCCGGGUUCAGAUAAGAACUUUGAGGAUGAGGACUCGGUUGACGGGGGUCGCUCCACCUCGUCCUCCUCAUCCAAGCCCUCGAGUGCCCGGAGGACCGUGGUCAGCGUGGUCAGGAGGCCCAGUGCCGCCUCUGCUAGCAAGAUCACAAGUAAAGAGGCAGCUGCGGGAGCUGUAGAUGAAGAAGACUUUGUCAAAGCCUUUGAGGAUGCUCCCUCUGUCCAGAUCUACUCCAACAGAGAGAUGGAGGAUCAAAUGUCAAAGAUCAGAGAAGUUUUGUCUGAUGAAAAGCACGACUGGGAGCAUAGGGUGGUUGCGGUUAAGAAGGUGCGCUCCCUCAUGAUGGGCGGGGCGGCGGAGUACGAGGGCUUCCCCCAGCAGCUGCGUCUCAUGGAAGCCCCUCUGAAGCUGUCCGCCAAAGACCUGCGCUCCCAGGUGGUCCGAGAGGCCUGUAUCACUCUGGGGUACCUGUCAACGUUGCUAGGCAACAAGUUUGACCACUGUGCGGAGAGCAUCAUGCCCACACUCCUCAACCUGGUGCCCAACAGCGCCAAGAUCAUGGCCACGUCCGGGGUGGCCGCCAUCCGCAUCAUCCUCAGGCACACACACUACGCACGGCUCAUCCUCAUCAUCACCAGUAACUGCACAUCCAAAUCUGUGGCUGUCCGAAGACGCUGUUAUGAGUUCCUGGAGCUCAUGUUGCUGGAGUGGCCCACCAACACAAUGGAGAGACACGUGGCCGUCCUGACCGAGACCAUCCGGAAAGGCAUCCACGAUGCAGACUCUGAAGCUCGCUACAUCGCCAGGAGAUGCUAUUGGGGCUUCCAUGGCCACUACAGCCGGGAGGCGGAGCAUUUGUUCCAGGCACUGGAAUCGUCCUAUCAGAAGGCUCUCCAGUCCCACCUGAAAGGCUCCGACAGCAUCGUGUCCCUCCCCCAGUCAGACCGCUCCUCGUCCUCCUCGCAGGAGAGCCUCAAUCGCCCUCUCUCUGUGAAGAGUGUCAUCGGAGGAAGCAUGACAAGGAGUAAGCUGGUGAGCACCAGAGCACCGAGCACGCCCAGCUCGCUGCAGCGUUCCCGUAGCGACGUUGAUGUCAACGCAGCCUCCACCGCCAAGUCCCGCCUCUCCACCACCCCUUCCUCCUCCUCCCCUUUCAACUCAGCAGCAGCCCUGCCCCCUGGCUCCUACGCAUCGCUAGGUCGUGUGCGGACCAGGAGGCAGAGCUCAGGCAGUACCGGAGGCUCCAGCAGCACGGUGCUGGUGGACAGCAGGGGGCGCAGUCGGGCCAAAGUGGUCUCCCAGUCCCAGCCGGGCAGUCGCUCCAGCUCCCCGGGGAAGCUGCUGGGCCACAGCAGCUAUGGGCGGCCGCCCCGGACCAGCGUCUCCAGCGCUGCAACACCAACCGGCCAGCGCAGCCGCAUCCCCCGCAGCCACGGCUGCAGUCGCGAGCCCAGCCCCAACCGCAUGGGCCUCGCCCGGAGCCGCAUCCCCCGUCCCAGCAUGUCACAGGGCUGCAGCCGCGACACCAGUCGUGAGAGUAGCCGGGACACCAGCCCUGCACGGGGCUUCACGUCUCUGGCCUCCCGACAUCAGUCUCGCUCCACCAGUGCUUUGUCCACAGCAGACCCCCACAGCCAGUCAGAUCGCUAUGGCCUGCUCCACCAGGCUAGAAUCUCUGCGUCGGUCAACGCCAUGAGGGUCCUGAACACCGGCACCGAGGUGGAGGCAGCCGUGGCAGACGCUCUGCUAUUAGGAGACUCCAGGAACAAGCGGAAGCCAAUGAGACGGCGGUACGAGUCGCCGGGUAUGUACUCGGACGACGACGCCAACAGCGACGCGUCCAGCGCCUGCUCGGAGCGCUCGUAUGGCUCCCGCAACGGCAGUAUUCCCCACUACCUGCGUCAGACGGAGGACGUGGCGGAGGUCCUCAACCACUGCGCCAGCUCCAACUGGUCCGAGAGGAAGGAGGGCCUGCUGGGCCUGCAGAACCUGCUCAAGAGCCAGAGAAUACUGAGCCGCGUAGAACUGAAGAGGCUUUGUGAAAUCUUCACCAGGAUGUUUGCCGAUCCCCAUAGCAAGAGGGUUUUCAGCAUGUUCCUGGAGACGCUUGUGGACUUUGUGACGGUGCACCGGGACGACCUGCAGGACUGGCUCUUUGUCCUGCUUACCCAGCUGCUGAAGAAGAUGGGUGCGGACCUGCUGGGCUCUGUGCAGGCCAAAGUCCAGAAGGCCCUGGACAUCACACGGGAUUCUUUCCCCUUCGAUCAACAGUUCAACAUCCUGAUGAGGUUCAUCGUGGACCAAACUCAGACUCCUAACCUCAAGGUCAAGGUGGCCAUCCUCAAGUACAUUGAGUCCCUGGCACGGCACAUGGAUCCUGGGGACUUCGUCAACUCGAGCGAGACGCGCCUGGCCGUGUCCCGUAUCAUCACCUGGACCACCGAACCCAAGAGCUCCGACGUCCGCAAGGCCGCCCAGGUGGUGCUGAUCUCCCUGUUCGAGCUCAACACCCCAGAGUUCACCAUGCUGCUGGGAGCGCUACCCAAAACCUUCCAGGAUGGAGCCACCAAGCUGCUGCACAACCACCUCAAGAACUCCAGCAACACCAGCAGCAGUGUGGGCUCUCCAAGCAACACCAUUGGCCGGCAGCCGCAACGCCAAACCCCCAGCAGAACGAGCCCCCUUACUUCUCCUACCAACUGUUCCCAUGGCGGCCUGUCACCAAGCAUGACAGAGUACGACACAGAGAACAUGAACUCUGAGGAGAUCUACAGCUCGCUGCGCGGCGUUACUGAAGCCAUUCAGAGCUUCAGCUAUCGCAGCCAGGAGGACCUGAAUGAAUCCACCCGCCGAGAAGGCAAGAGGGACGACACGGCCGGAAGGGAAGGGCUGGCGUCUGUCCCGGGGUCAGACGCCCGUCUGGACGCGGUGGAUGGAGGAGGGGGUCGCACAGCGCUGGACAACAAGACGUCGCUGCUCAACACCCCGUCGCCACGCUCCUUCUCGGGGCCACGCGGCCGAGAGUUCUCCCCGUACGGCUACGGCGAGACCAUCAGCACCUACGACAAGAGCGCCCUGAAGGAGGCAGUGUUCGACGACGAUGUGGAGACCUUCAAGGACUCUGGGCCGGACCACUCUGAGCUGGUGGCAGACCUGCUCAAGGAGCUGUCCAAUCACAACGAGCGGACAGAGGAGCGCAAAGGGGCGCUGGUGGACCUGCUGAAGCUGACCCGGGAGGACAGUCUGGCCCUAUGGAACGAGCAUUUCAAGACCAUCCUGCUGCUGCUGCUGGAGACCCUGGGGGACAGAGACCACACCAUCAGGGCACUGGCCCUUCGUGUCCUGAAGGAGAUCCUGAGGAACCAGCCGGCACGCUUCAAGAACUACGCUGAGCUCACCAUCAUGAAGACCCUGGAGGCACACAAGGACUCGCACAAGGAGGUGGUGAGAGCGGCUGAGGAGGCGUCUGCCACCCUGGCCGGCUCAAUCCACCCAGAGCAGUGCAUCAAGGUGCUGUGUCCCAUCGUACAGACGGCCGACUACCCCAUCAACCUGGCUGCCAUCAAGAUGCAGACCAAGGUGAUUGAACGCAUCACCAAGGACUCCCUGAUCCAGCUCCUGGUGGACAUCAUCCCCGGCCUGCUGCAGGGUUAUGACAACACGGAGAGCAGCGUGCGCAAGGCCAGCGUGUUCUGUCUGGUCGCCAUCUACUCUGUGAUAGGAGAAGAUCUGAAGCCACACCUGGCACAGCUCACAGGCAGCAAGAUGAAGCUGCUGAACCUGUACAUCAAGCGAGCCCAGACCACCAACAGCAACAGCAGCAGCUCCUCUGACGUCUCCUCUCACAGCUAAUGGACCACCCACCCCCGGCCCGUCCUGUUCCUCGCACAGCAACGACGACCCCCCUCCACAAUUUCAUUUUUUGCGUUUUGCAGACCUGCCUGUCACUUCAGGGCUGGUUCAAACUUGUUUUGAGAGGGAAGGCUUUAAAAUCUCUUUUUGGAAGUCCAAUGGAAAACCAAAUCCUAAACAUUUGAAAGGUAAUUUAAAAAUAGAUAAAUAUCGUUGUAAGGGACAUUAUGUAAAAAGUAAAUGAUAGUUUUGUUUGUUUUACUUAUUUAUGUUUUUCAUCAUUAAUAAGGCUUUUGAGAAGCACUGCUUCAAUUGUUUAAUUCUAUGUUAUAAAUUAUAAAAGUUCAACCCCUUUAUAGCUAAAUAAUUUAAAAAAAAUGCAACCUAUUCCUGUUUUUCCCUUCCCUCUAACUGCAGUAAAAUGUACAAUCUAAAAAGUAAUAGUUUCAAUCUAAUCUUAGUCUUCUUACAGAGGUGUUUCAAAAGACAAUCCUCGGCAAAGGAUUCUGACCUUUUAAGUCAAAAUCUGAUAAAGGAAACCCCCCCCCCCCCCCC